CCCCAUUUUCCCAAAUUUAUGAGCGCCAUUUCCUCUCUUCAAGGGUUUCCCUCUUUCACUUGCCCAUUUCCCCCCACAACCCUUCACCACCGCUUCCUACCGCAUCCCAACCACCUCCUCUUUUUCUUCUUAACCUACACCAGUGUUAAUAUUAAGGGAGUCUUCCACUUCCUGAUUUGUGUAUGUUUGCUAAAUCAGUAUUAAUAUUUCAGAUUUGUGGCUGAUCGAGAAUCAAGGAACAAUGGUGGUGGUGCAAGCACCAGGCUAACAGCGGCUUAGGGUUAGGGGUUCAACAAGGAUCAUUGACGAUGUGGUAAUAUCCGAAAUUUGUUUGGAGUUACUAUUAGCUAGCCAAGAAGUGGCAUCCAGAUGCAAAUAAAGACGAUCCAGAAGCAGUAAAAGGUUUCAGGAAGUUUCAAAGGCAUUUGUGGGUACUAAGGUUCUGAAAGAUAAAGAAAAAUGAGCUCAAUCAUGAUCAGCUUGGUCAUGACACUUUUGAAGCAAGUGCUAGUGCAGCUGGUCUCGGUCAAUGGCGCAAUCCAUUUCAGGACCUCAAUGAUAUUUUCGGUUUUGGGCCAUUUGCUAGGCAAUUUACCGGCAAGGAUGCUAAGGUCACCCUUGAACUUUCGUUUGUGGAGGUUGUUCAGGGAUGUACAAACAAUAUAGCAACGACACUUAUAGAAACGACUUGGGUGACCUAUAGGGACGGGACUGUAGAGACAAUAUGUUGUAGAGACGACAUGCCGUCUCUACAGGUGAAAAAAGCUUAUAGAUAUUAUGGUUUCACUGAGUCAGACUGUUUGGAUGCAGCUUUAGUUACCAAAUUUCUGAUACAUAUGGAGGAAGGGCCUGGUGAUAUACUUGUUUUUUUAUCUGGUCAAGAAGAGAUUGAAUCCAUUGAGGGUCUUGUGCAUGAAAAUCUCAAGAAAUUACUUGAAGCCAAUCAGAAACUCUUAAUUUAUCCACUGUUCUCUUCUCUUCCAUCGGAGAAGCAAAUGAAAGUUUUCACACCUGCUCCAGAUGGGUUCAGAAAGGUAACACUGGCAACAAACAUUGCUGAAAUAUCAGUAACAAUACCAGGAGUCAAGUAUGUUAUUGAUCCUGGAUUGGUAGAGGUGUGCAAUUACUCUCCUGACAGUGGGAUUGAAUCUUUGAUUGUUGUUAAAAUCUCGAAAGCUCAAGCUCUUCAAAGAAGGAUGAUCCCCUAUGCGUUGCUGCCAGACAAGAUGGGAAGAUAUUAGUCUCUAGUUUGUGGGUUGAUCACAGUUUCGAUGUCGGAGCGCCUGUGGAUACAACCUCAGUCACAAUAUUUAACUCGCAUGAAGAUUGUGAAAGAGAUUCAUGAACACAAUGAAGUUUUGUGUUUUUAUUCAUACACUUGUUAGUUUAUUUGGGUUAUAUGUUUGAUCAUUAGACUUAGAUCGACACUUAUUAGCCAUUUGGAAUCUUUGUAAGAUUGAUUGAACUUCUAAUGAAGUGAUUAUUUUAUGAUU